AAGGCGAAGUCAAUUUUCUGUUUUUGGACGGGAACUUCAAAUCGGAAAUUAAUUAAACCUAAAAGCAGACGAAAACAGUCGUCUUGUUCUUCCUCGCCGGUACAGGAAGUCUCGUGUUGGGGGAAAGUAAGUUGUAAUUUGAGAGAAGCUAUAAUGGCGAAGAGAGAGAUUAGUAGCACUCUGAGAAAUCUAAAGUUUAUGCAACGGUCUGCUUCGAAGGAGGAGAAGAAGAAGAUUGUUGAGGAGCCUAAUGGGAAUUUUCCUUCCCUUGGGACUGUUGCAAAGAAGUGUGUGGUCAUAACAGACUGGGAUCCUCAGCCAAGACCAUUGUUAGGACGCAUGUCAUUUCAGUCUUUCAAUCCUUCUAUCGAGAAAUUGCAUGAAGAAGCAAAAACAGAUGCUUCUCCCACAAGCUCUAGCAGUAAUGGAGGAAGAAUGUCAUCUAGUGAAGCGAAGGUUGAGACAACUCGGGAAACAAAUGGCGACUUGAAAAGGAAACAGUCUGAUGGAGUCUCUGAGGAAAAAAACCAUCCAAACAAGUCCCCGAGGAACAAUGACAAACCAUCACCGAGCUAUAAAAAAGGUUUCAAGAAACCGAAGAGCAAGAAAGUAGACUGGAGCGUUUUGAAGCCACCAAAACCUCAAACCAAAAAGGGUUUAAAUUAGCCAACUGCAGCAAAACCUAAAUGGCUAUUUGCAAUUAGUUCACGUCGGUUCAUAUGUGCUAGUAGAUCAUUCGAUGCGCUGUCUGUAUCAUCAUUCACGUGGUGCUAGUUGCAACCCCUCUGCUAAAUUAUAGCCAAAGUUUUGAAACUUUUCUAUUUGGAUGUUGUAUCUUGUAUGCUUGUGUUAUAACUCCAGAUCUAUGAUGAAACACUUUGUCUUUUCAAUAAGGGUUGAAUCCAUGAUUACUU